AUGGCCGACGAUGUACAAGGAGCAGGAUUCAGCCCCAAGAAUGAACCCACGCAUGUCGAAACUACCGAAGAUGCUGAGACGCGCGCUACUAGACGUGAGCUUAAGCAGUCAUCCAUCUCUGACCAACCUGGCAAAACAACUGCUACCGAUGACAACCGCCCAGAAACGCCUUCCGUUGGCAUAUCGGAUGAGAAGAUUGAUGAGUUGAAGGAGCAGGUCUCCUCGCCUAAGAAGAAGCGUGCCCAUGACCAGCUAGAUGGGGAGCAAGAUUCGCAAGACAACGACGCUACGAGUGUCACAUCUACUGACUCUGCUAAAGACAGAGCCAUGCGGCUUGAGCCGCAAAAGAAGAGGCAUCGUGAUGAAGAGCCUGUUGAUAUAGUGUCGCAUCCUCCAUCAGGCACAGAGGAAGUAGAUCAAUCAACUCAAAAUAAUAGCAAAAUGCCUACUCAGCCGACGAAGGAAAGCUCUAAUAGUACAUUUGCGGAGUCGGCAUUUGGCAAACUGGCAUCAAGCUCUUCAGGCUUCGCAGCUUUGGGAUCAUCCCAAGGUGGCGGGUUCGCUUCAAAUAAGCCAACUCUAUCGUCUUUUGCGUCGGUGAAGCCUGUAUCUAGCUCAGAAACAAGCGGGACAAGUGUAAACAAAGGGCAAGCCGGAAAUGCCCCGAAGUUGUCGUUCGCUUCGAAUUCAGGCCUUUCGCCCUUUGCAGGACUCGGCUCAGGAACCAAUGGAGUUGGAAGCAGUAAAUUCGGCUCCGGGUUGUCAGGAAUUAAGCCAUUGGGCAGUUUCGGCGCUGCUGGUACAAAGCCCCUCCAGAGCGAGAAAGCAGCAAAGCCCUUUGGAGCACCGGAAAGCGAUGCGGAUGACGACGAUGAUAAUGAUAACGAGGAAGGGGAUGAUGAGAGUCAACCUGACGAUCAAGAACGAGGCGCAUCGCCAGAGAAAGAUGCAGAUGAGAAGAAACGGCCUAAGCUCCACAAGAUUGCGGUUGAUGAUGGCGAGGCUGGUGAGGUUACUGUUGUGUCUGUACGAGCAAAGAUGUUUUGUCUGGACAAGAAAGAAGGCUGGAAAGAGCGGGGAGCUGGCAUGUUGAAAAUUAAUGUCCCUCAUGCAAGCGUUGAGUUUGACGACGAUGGUGCUGUGAUUCCGGGCAGCUUCGACGCGUCAGGUCUAGAAACAAAUGGUGACUCUGCUGAUAGCGACUCUGCAGGUCCCAAAGUUGCUCGUCUUAUCUUGCGUCAAGACCAAACCCAUCGAGUCAUACUAAACACUGCAAUUCUCCCCGCUAUGGAAUUUCAAGAGAAAGCUUCUUUGAAGUCUGUUGGUAUCCUAUUCACCGCUUUCGAAGGAGCAGAAACGAAACCAGUGAGCAUCACAAUCAGGGUGAGAUCUUUUCAGCUAUACACUUUUUCGGUUGGUGCAGAAGGUACUGAUUGA